UUAAGUCAGCUGAAUGCACUCAGAGUUCCUACUCUGAGCCUUCGAGCUCCGCUUCCCUGCUGAGAGAGAGCGAGAGAGAGAGCGAGAGAGAGAGAGAGAGAGAGAGAGAGAGAGAGAGAGAGAGAGAGAGAGAGAGAGUGAGAGAGAGGGCUUCAUCACGCACCUCACAUUUGCACGAUGGCAUCAGAUCCAGGGCUGCUGCCUCUCUUUCUGUGGAUUAUAUCCUUGCAGGUGCUGGGAUCCAAAAGCACGGCUAAUAACGAAGUAAAUCUCCUGGACACCUCUACAAUAUCAGGAGACUGGGGCUGGAUGACGUAUCCAUCACACGGGUGGGACGCAAUUAACGAAAUGGACGAAUACUUCAGCCCCAUUCAUACGUACCAGGUGUGCAAUGUCAUGAGCCCCAGCCAGAACAACUGGCUCCGUACCAAAUGGAUCCAACGCAGUGGUGCUCACCGAGUUUACGUGGAGAUCAAGUUCACGCUCCGUGACUGUAACAGCAUGCCGGGCGUUCUAGGCACGUGCAAAGAGACCUUCAACCUCCACUACUGCGAGACAGAGCGUGACGUAGGAACCAGCCUGCGAGAGAACCAGUUCUCCAAGAUCGACACCAUCGCCGCCGACGAGAGCUUCACCACCGUGGACCUGGGAGUGAGGAGACUCAAGCUGAACACGGAGGUGCGCGGCGUCGGGCCUCUUAGCAAACGCGGCUUCUACUUAGCCUUUCAGGACAUCGGGGCCUGCAUCGCCAUCGUCUCGGUUCGAGUUUACUACAAGAAAUGUUCAGGCCUGGCGAGGAAUCUGGCUGUGUUCACUGAUGUGGUGACGGGGGCAGAUUCCUCGUCCCUGGUGGAGGUCAGAGGUCAGUGCGUGGAUCACGCAGAGGAAAAGGACACACCCAAGAUGUACUGCAGCGCUGAGGGGGAGUGGCUCGUUCCUAUUGGACGGUGUGUGUGCAGUGCCGGCUUCGAGGAACACCGAGAGGCUUGCAUUGCCUGUGAAGUGGGCUUCUACAAACCUUUCGCUGGAGGCCAGCUUUGUGCAAAAUGUCCUCUCCACAGCCACUCUGAGACCAGAGCUGCUCUUGCUUGCCCUUGUGACGCUAACUAUUUCCGGCUACCUUCUGACCCUCCUGGUGCUCCUUGCACAAGACCUCCCUCGGCCCCUGUAAAUGUGAUUUCAUCUGUAAAUGGGACCACAGUUAACCUGGAAUGGAGUACCCCUCUGGACACAGGAGGUCGAACAGAUAUCACCUACGAUGUGCGGUGCCAGAAAUGUGUAAAGGAUGGAGGACAAUGUGAGGACUGCAAUGUCGGAGGAACCUCAGUCAAUGGAAUAUUAGGAGCUGCCGUUGGAGCUCAAGUAAAUGGCGGUGGAGGAACAGCUGCUAGUGGAGGAGGUUUAGGUGGAAGUGGAUUGGUGUCACGAACAGGAGUCAGCUCAGUUAAGUUCAUUCCCCAGCAGAAAGGACUGACAGAGCCAUGGGUGAAUGUGGUUAACCUGGCGGCCCACACUAACUACACCUUCCGCAUCUUGGUGAUGAACGGAGUAACGCACUUUAGCAAGGAACCGCUGCCUUACGCCAUGGUCAACAUUACGACAAAUCAGGCAGCUCCCUCUCAGGUGAUGGCUAUCCGUCAAGAGAAUGCUAGCACAGAUAGCAUCACCCUCAUGUGGUAUGAACCUGAGCAGCCCAAUGGAGUAAUUCUGGAGUAUGAUAUCAAAUAUUAUGAAAAGGACCAGGAGCAGCAGAGUUAUUCCACCCUGAAGUCAAAAACCACAAGUGCUAAAGUGUCUGGGCUCAAACCUGGCACCAGUUACAUCUUUCAGAUCAGGGCCAGGACGUCAGCUGGCUGCGGACGCUUCAGCCCCUCCGUGGAGAUCCAGACUGGAAAACCAGUCCCUUUACGUUACAACACUGUGACCAUUAUCUGGAUCUCCAUGGCGCUGGUCUCGGGGCUCAUCACGUUUUUGGCUCUUUUCAUCUGCAGAAAACGACAUUGCGGUUACAGCAAGGCUUUCCAGGAUUCAGAUGAAGAAAAGAUGCACUAUCAAAAUGGCCAUGUAUCAUUUCCAGAAGCCAGAUUUUAUAUUGAUCCCCACACAUACGAGGACCCAUGCCAGGCCAUCCACGAGUUUGCCAGAGAAAUUGAAGCUUCCCGGAUCAAAAUUGAGAAAAUUAUUGGGUCAGGAGAGUUCGGGGAAGUGUGUUACGGCCGUAUGAGGCUGCCGGGGAAGCGGGACGUCCCCGUGGCCCUGAAGACUCUGAAGGUCGGCUACACUGAAAAACAGAGGCGAGAUUUUCUGAGCGAAGCCAGUAUCAUGGCCCAGUUUGACCAUCCCAAUGUCAUCCGUCUGGAGGGAGUAGUGACACGAAGUAAACCUGUAAUGAUCAUUACUGAAUACAUGGAGAAUGGUUCUCUGGAUUCGUUCUUAAGGAGACACGAUGGUCAGUUCAGUAUCAUUCAGCUGGUCGGGAUCCUCCGAGGCAUCGCUGCCGGCAUGACUUACCUGUCGGAUCUCGGCUACGUCCACCGGGACCUGGCUGCCAGGAACAUCCUGGUCAACAGCAAUCUGGUCUGCAAGGUUUCAGACUUCGGCCUGUCGCGGGUGCUGGAGGACGACCCGGAUGCAGCUUACACAACCACUGGUGGAAAGAUCCCGAUCCGCUGGACAGCCCCCGAAGCCAUCGCGUACCGCAAGUUCUCCUCGUCGAGCGACGUGUGGAGUUACGGAGUGGUGAUGUGGGAGGUGAUGUCUUAUGGAGAGCGGCCAUACUGGAACCUCACUAACAGAGAUGUCAUAAAGUCAGUAGAAGAAGGCUACAGGCUUCCAGCACCAAUGGGCUGCCCCGCUGCUCUCCACACACUCAUGCUGGACUGCUGGCAGAAGGAGCGCAGUGAAAGGCCCAGGUUCUGCCAGAUCGUCACGGUGCUGGACAAGCUUAUCCGUAACCCAGAGAACCUCAAGUCAAUGGACACAUUGUGCAGACUGAACAGCCCAUUGAUGAACAGAAGCAUUCCUGAUUUCACAACCUGCAGAUCGGUGAACGACUGGUUGGACACCAUCAAGAUGGGCCGCUACAAAAACCACUUUGCGGCAGGAGGCUUUCACACACUCGGUCACGUGAUGAGCAUGAAUCAACAUGAUAUUCAGAAGCUGGGGGUUACGCUGAUGGGUCAUCAGAAGAAGAUCAUGACCAGCGUCCAGGUGAUGCGAGUGCAGGUGUUAAACCAGAGCGUGCCCUCUGUGCACGUAUAAUUGCCUGCUGUGUCAAUAUAAGUACAUAAUCAUCCGAUGUGUGUGUUCGGGUCGUGUGUUACGAACUCUUAAAGACUCUCCUUUAGAAAGAGAACUUCAAGAGGACUCGAAACUCUUAACUCGAAACUAAGGGUUUCAACCUCAGCACUGGAUUUCUUUUUUUCUUUCUUUCCUUUUUUUUUUUUUUUUACUGGAAAAUCCCUGCAUUCUUUCUACAAUAAUCUCUUGGACUUUCUUUGUUUUUUUUUUGUUUUGUUUUUUCUUUUUUCUAUAAAUGAAUGGCCUGCUUUAAAGACCGUGGAUAAUUUCAGUAGUAGUGUAUAUAAAGGAUGAUUUUCUGAACGUUAUGAGCACUUCACAACCUAAACAGCAUUGAUUUUUUUUUUUUUUUUUUUUUUUUUUUUUUUUUAAAAAAAAGGUCCUAAGCAUUUAAACUAUAAUCUAAGAAGCAAUAUCUGGUUUCUUAGCAAUAAUUUAGAUCACAUAGGGAAAUUGAUCACGAUUAUUAAAUUAGACACAAAAUUACUGGCAAUUUGCUUAACAAAAUAUGAUGUCAUUAAAUGCCCACAAAAAAACAAACAAACAAACAAACAAACAAAAAAAAAAAAGAAUUGUUGCCAAUAGAAAGCUUGUGGAGAAAAUUAAUUAAUUAAUUUUACUUUUGUUGCUAUGGAUAUUUGCUUUUUCAACACCUUAAACCAUAGAAAAAUAUUCCAUUCUGCAUUCCCUUUGACACUGAUAUCUUUGGCUUUUCAUAGACUAAUUAAUUAUGCGAAUAUCAGCCACUUAAAGGUCGUUUGUGACUGGCUUUUGUUUUUGUUUUUGUUUUUUUGUGUCAAGGAUUUCGCUGAAUGAGCUUCAGUUUCUGUCUGCUGAUUUAAAAGAACAGAAAAUUGCUCGACUAGAACGUUCCUCCGAAGAGAAAUGAGGGGGGAAAAAAAGCUCAUCGAUCUGUGCCGCUACAGUAUAUUUCACUUAUUAAACUCUGAUUCGGAUCACGGCAUUAUACGAGAGUCCGUAUUUUACUAAUAAUCUAUUCUUAAGUGCAGGGAUGUGGUAAAUAAUUUGGUAAUAAAUAAAGAAUAUAUCGUAAUAAAUACCAUGUCAUAAUAAAUAGUAUAUAACGUAUGGAAAUAAGCAUCACUCAUACUUUAUUGGACAUUUAAUAGGUGUUAUUUAAUUUUCUAUAAAUUAUGGGUGAUUUAUGCAUAUUAGCGGGUUUAUAAAGAUGAAUGAAACCAAUUUUAAUUAUUUAGCGAUCGGAUCGAAUGCAGGGUAUUUUCGCGUGUAUCAUCAGGGUUGUUGCAAUAAGGUGUUAAUCUGGACAGCGCCUGUAUAACAGAAAGAGGUAAAGGGAUGGAUGUGAAUCAUUUGCUUGUACAUAAUGAUAAAAAAAAAAGUAUAUAAAAAUGUUCUUUCUGUACUUUUUCAAAGAGCAAUACUCUCCUGUAUGCACCAAGGAGUGCAAAUAAAGUUCAAAC